AUGCGUUUCGCUACGAUCGCCGCCUCUGCCUCCGUCUUCGUCGCCGGCACUCAAGCCGCAGGACCCAGCGCGCGCAAUGAUCCCCAUAUCUCCGAUUUCCGUCUCUGGGGCUCACCCACCUGCAGCGGAACGCAAAACUAUGGCAUCUGGACAGUCCUUCAAUCGGACACAAGCAAGUGCACAAGCCUGCACUUGAAUGACCCAACCGGCCCUUCUGUCUAUGGUAUCGGCCUCGGUGAUAUUUCAGACAACUUCAAGCUCUUCAUUUUCGUUGAAGAGGACUGUUACGGAGAACCAUUCCAGGCCACCCUUGGAGGAUGUGAUGCUGCAAACCCGGAGUGGAAGUCUUUCAUUAUCAGGCAGUAG